UAUAGCUUGAACGAGUGCGCAAAUUUCUUGCAAAUAUGGCACUCCCAGAGAACAUGAAAGCGGUCGUGUUUCACGGACCAUACAAAGUCGCCGUAGAAGAGCGGCCAGUACCACGUAUACAAGCUUCAACGGAUAUUAUUGUCAAGGUCAGAUAUACCGCUCUUUGUGGCAGCGAGCUCCAUGUUUUCCGUGGUCAUCAGGCUUCCAAAACUGGCUUUAUUAUGGGCCAUGAAUUUACGGGUACUGUCGUCGAGGCCGGGGACGAUGUGAAGACUUUGAAGGUUGGAGAUGUCAUCGUCAGUCCAUUUACGACUUCAUGCGGCACAUGCUUCUACUGUAAGCAGGGGUUCUCCUCCCGUUGUGCGAGCUCUCUCUUAUUUGGUUGUCCUCUUCUUGAUGGUGGCCAGGCUGAAUAUGUCAGAGUUCCAAUGGCAGACAGCACAGUCUCCAAAGCUCCCGAAGGCAUUGACGAGAAACUCCUCGUCUUGAUGGCCGAUAUAUAUCCAACGGGCUUCUUUGCUGCCAGCAACGGGUUCAAGGAAUAUACAAAGGACCAAGCCGCAAAUUUAACCGUAGUUGUCAUAGGUUGCGGUCCAGUCGGUUUGCUCGCCAUUGUCAAUGCGCUUGAAUACAAACCGAAACAUCUUUUGGCGGUAGACUCUGUUACUCCUCGUCUUGAGCUUGCUAAGAAGCUAGGCGCAGAGCCCUGGAACUUUAUGACAGAUCGCGAGGGACUUGACAAGCGGGUUCAGGAAUUGACGGAUGGUCGGGGUGCCGAUGUGGUUAUUGAAGUUGUGGGAUUAAGUCCGGCUUUGCGCACAGCUUUCGACCUUCUCCGUCCUUGGGGUACUAUCAGUAGCGUUGGCGUACACAAUGCUGAGAUUCCCUGGACCGGCAGUGAAGCGUACGGCAAGAAUCUGAAACUUCAAAUGGGCCGAUGCCCUGUGCGCUCGGUAUUCCCACAAGCUCUGGAGGCAUUGAAGAGAAAUCAACAUCUAUUAGGAUUCAUGGCGGACAAGAUAAUGCCCCUUUCCAAAGCAGUUGAGGGGUAUGACUUGUUUGACAAGAUGAAGGCGCAGAAAGUCGUCUUCGAAGCAUAGUCUCAGUGAAAUAGAGGAAAGACAUCAGACUGCCAGUGGGCCUGUCAUACUUGAGCCAAUCAGGAGUAAUUAAGCUUUCCCCAGACCCUUACCGUAUUAGGGCUAGUGGUUUUGUAUCAAAACAUGUAUAUUUCAAUCAUGUAUUGCACCACCUCACAAGUCCAAGUGCAGAAACAUCGUAAAGCAUUAAGAAGAGUUGAAAUAUCUUG